AUGAAAAACGAAAUAAUCAUCCUUUUUUUGCUGUUAAUAGCAAGGCCAUUACAAGCAGAAAAUGGUUUUCAACUUUUUGAUUAAAAGGGAGAUAUUUCUUUUGAGAAUGUUAAGGUUAAUCUAAAAAAAAUAUAAAAAAAAUAAAUAGAACCUUAAGAAUCUGUCAAAGAAGUUCCUAAAUAAUCAUAAACUGGAAAAUCAUAAAAAGAGUUAUUAGAGGAGUAAUUGCAAUAGAUAGAAAAAUAUAAACCUUCGAAUAUUACUGUUGAAGGAGGGAGAGUAUUCACACAAUCAUAGUAAAAUUAAUAAAAGGAAUUGGACGAAAAUUCAGAGGUUGAUGAAUAAACUGAGAGUUAUGAUGAAGAUGAAAUUGAUCAAGAGGAUGAGGUUCUUUUAGCAAUCUAAUAAAUAUCAGCGGAUGCUUAAUUAGAUGCGAUUGAGUUUAUUUUCAAAAAACGGCAGAUAGAUUAUUAAAGAAUGAAAAACCUAAUAGAAAUGAUUGAUCAAUAAGAAAUUAAUGUAAAAAUGAACUAGAUUUACGAACUCAGUUCCAAAUACUCAUUUUUAUAAGUGUUUUAAUAAGUUCUAAGUGAAUUACACAUUGAGUUCAUUUAAGAUAAGGAUGAAGAUACUAAUGAGGAUGAAUCAUUGGAAAGUAGCGAUAAUUCAGAUGAAUAAAGUGAUAAUGAUAUUGAUACAAAUUAAUUUAAUGAGUAAUAGACGGAUUUUACAUUCGAUGAUUUAAUUGAUUUCGAUGAUGAUGAGUUAUAGGAUGGCAAAUCUGAUGACUAAGAAGAAACCAGCCAAGAUUAAUAAGACGACUUUGAUUUUUAUGACGAUAACACUCCAGAGGAUCUGUAUAAUUAAGAUUUUGAAACUUUGGAGUUAGAUGAUUCCUAGUUCUAAAUUUAAAAUUCAUUUAUUACAGAUAGCUAGGUAAAUUAAUCAAUUACUGAAGAAGAAACUAAUAUUGAAGUAGAAGAAGAAGAACUGUUAACAGAAGAAGAGCAUGCGAUAAACUUUUUUGAAUUUUAGAAAUAAUAAUAGCAAAUAGAAGAGGAGUUAGUGUAUUCUGAAUUCGAAGAAUUGAUAGAAUAAAGCUAUUCUGAAGAGGAAGAAGAAGAGUUUCAUUCUAAUAUUUAAGAUAAUAUUUAGAAUUCGCAAGAACAAUCAGAUAACCAAGAAAGUUAUUAAUAACCACUAAAAGUUGAUAAUCCAAUUUUUCUAUAAAAAGUGGAAGACAUAAUCUUGAGUAAGGAAGAGUAGGAUUAAACAUAUAUUGAUGAAAAUAUACCUGUGGCAGUAUUAAAUUUUCAAGAAAAUGAUGAUGUCUCUGAAGUAAAAUUGUAAAAGGAGUUUGAAUUCAGCCCAAAGAAAUUUGAUAACUUCAAUAAGGAUUUAAGUUCAUUGUAAGCUUAAUUUAAUAUAUCAAAUGAAAAUUUAGAUCUGAUUAAUAAAAAAUAUGAGUAAAUGAACUCAAUCUUCAACUCAGAAACUAAAAAUGAAGAAAGCGAUCCACUUUAAAAAAAAGAAUAAUAAUAGGCACAAUUUAUUUAAAUAUCGUAAUAAACAGAAGAAAAUUAGGAAGAAUAAUCAACUAGUACUAAUGAUUAAGAAAAUACAAAUUAAAAUGAAGAAUCUAAACUUGAAUCAGAAGUUAGUAAUGAAAAUACAGAUAAAGUAGAAACAAUUGAUAAUAGGAUUCAAGAGAAUUCUAAAGAAAACCAAAAAUAAGCUGAUUAAGAACCUGAAGUAGAAAAAUAAAAAAAUGAUGAUUAAGUCUAAUAAGAAUAUAGAUCACCUUAAAAAUAAUAAAUUCCUUUGAGCAAACCUGCAUAGCCUCAUGAAUUGGAGUUUGAGAAACCACAGUAGAAAUAAGAAAAAUCAGAGGAAGAAAUUGCAUAAGAGAAAGAAAUGAAAGCUAGAGCUCGUUAUGCUAAGAGGUAUUAAGCUUUGGAUGUUGAAAAUGAGGAACAAAAAAAGAAAGAAUAAGAGGAAACUCACUAUGUAGAUGUUGACAAAAGCAUUGAUGACAUUUUUAUUAUUCAAUCUUUGGCUUCAACUAAAAAGAAUAAUGUAAUAGAAAUGAAGAACUUAAAUGAAGAACCAAAGUCAGAGCCAUUAUAAGAACCUAAUUAAGAAAAUGAUGCAAAAAUUGAAGUCUAUAAUUCUGUUACUUAAAAACAUUUGAGCAAGGCUAAUAAUUAAAAAACAUAGCAUUUUGUAGAGGCUUUUGUUCAGGAUAUGUCUUUAAAAUCAUAUACUUGUGAUCCAAGUUAUUAUGGUCCAAAUAAGGAGGCUCGUUAAUUUGCUUGUUAAUGCUCCUCCAAAAUUUUCUUAUUAGAUGAAGAAUCAUGGUAUUUGGCAGGUACCAUUUAAUAUUACAAAUAAUACGAAAAGCUAUUUGAAUAGAUUAAAAAAACUAUUCCAUUAGUUUUUGUUGGAACAUCUAAAGAUAAAGUUUGCUUCUCAUCAUAAAUGCACUAACCUGUAAUAUUAAAUGAUUUUUUAAGAGAAUUAUUUUUUAAGACCAAAAUUUAAAAUAAAUUUAUCUAAAUUCCAACAAUCAUUUCAAUGUCCUAUAUGUAAUUAGAGUACUCAGAUAAUUAAAUUCACAAUUUCAUGAUGGAAGCAGAAUCAAAUGAUGAAAUCAAACUUGCUUAUGGAUUUAAUGUUCGAUAAAUUUUAAUGAAAUUAGCUUAAGAAAAUCUUAACAUUUAAUAUGUUGGUUCAUUUUUAGUUCAUUAACAGCAAGUUCCAUUUAGAUUAACAAAUUAAUAUGGUUCAUUAAAAAUAGAUACAAUGGAGAUUACGGUGCAAUUACCACAAGAUGAAUUAAUUUGUCUACAAAUAUGUGAGUAAAUUUUGAGUGGUGAUGUUGCAUAACAAUUAAAAGCCUUUAUUAACUUUAAAAAAGGUUAAUAUUAAAUAACUGUUAAAGUAUUGAGUUCAAAUGAAAGCUUUGAAAUCUUUUAUAGCUUAAAAAGUUGA